AUGCGCCUCUGCCUGCCAAACCUCCUCGUGACGGCUGCACUUAUAUCAGCCGGCGCCGUGUUGGCGCAAGACAUUCCUUCAGAUGUACCUGUAUCAGUUCUCUUGACUUCGGCCCAGGAGCAUCUCACAAAGGGCGAGACUAACGAGGCUUUGGCUUAUUUCGAUGCGGCCAUCGCUCGAGAUCCGACCAACUAUCUGUCAUUCUUCAAGCGGGCUACCACGUAUCUGUCACUCGGCCGCGCAAACCUGGCAACUGAAGAUUUCAACAAGGUACUCUCUCUGAAGCCUGGCUUUCCAGGUGCUCACAUCCAGCUCGCAAAAAUCAAGGCCAAGGCCGCCGAUUGGGAUGGCGCAAGAGCUGAAUACACUGCGGGCGGCGAAGGGUCCGACUCCCCCGACAUUCUGAGUCUGACCGCGGCAGAGGAGUCGACGAAGCUGGCCUUUGCUGCCGAAAAAGAUGGCCGAUGGGAGGAAUGCGUCAACCAUGCAGGGGAUGCCAUCGUUACCGCCUCGAGGUACAUCCCGUUGCGUGAGACGCGAUCCCACUGUCGCUUUGAGCGAGGCGAGCUAGAGGAAGCCAUUGGCGAUCUUCGCCACGUGCUGCAGAUGCGACCCGGAGAUAUCUCUCCCCAUGUCGUCAUCUCGGCUGUUUCAUUCUACAAUCUCGGAGAUCUCGACGCUGGCGUCGGCCAGAUCCGAAAGUGUCUCCAUUCCGAUCCAGAUUCGAAAGUCUGCAAAAAAAUACACAAGCAGCAAAAGGCCGUUAUCAAGACGUUUACCAAGGUAAACGGGCAAUUGAACAAGGGACAGUUUACAACAGCAAGCAGAGGGCUGGUUGGAACAGCAGAAGACACUGGGCUCCUCCCGACCGUUAAGGAACAGAUCGAUGAACUGCGCCAAGAGGGAAGAAUCCCCGCCCAAGGGAGGGUCAUUCUGUACGAACAGCUCGUCGAGAUGGUUUGCCAGGCUUAUGUUGAGUCAGCUAGCAAGCAUGCUGAUCAGUAUUGCGACGAGGCACUUCAGCUGAAUGAAGAGUCAUUCUGGGGCCAGUUGCACCGUGCCAAAACUCUACUCAAAAAUGAGGAUUUUGAGGCAGCUAUUCGGACGUUGGAAAGCGCAGCCAACGCACACCCAGAUAAGAGAGACAAGGUCAACCCGAUUCUUAACAAGGCACAGAUCGAACUCAAGAGAAGCAAGACAAAGGACUACUACAAGGUUCUUGGCGUUGCCAGCGAUGCUGAUGAGAGACAGAUCAAAUCAGCAUACCGCAAGGCGUCCAAGCAGUUCCACCCAGACAAGGCAAUGAAGCAAGGCAUCAGCAAAGAGGAGGCCGAGAAGAAGAUGGCCUCGAUCAACGAGGCUUACGAGGUAUUGAGCGACCCAGAACUGCGCGCCCGGUUUGACAGAGGAGACGACCCCAACUCCAAUGAGAGAGGGAACCCAUUCCAAGGGUCACCGUUUGGAGGCCAGCACUGGGCGUUCCAGCAGCCAGGCGGCGGUGGUCAGCAGUUCAAGUUUCAGUUCAACAACGGGCCGUUUGGAUUUUAA